GAUUCACAGAUGAGGAGCAGGCCAGCAGGAUCAUCUCCCACAUCAAGACAUCACGAAGCCUCCACAUCAUGUGCCACAUCCCAGUCUUCUGCUGGAUCACUGCUACAGUUCUGGAGCAAGAGCUGAAAAUGAGUGACAAUGGAGCUCUGCCUAAGAGCCUCACAGAGCUGUACCUACGCCUUGUGGUGAUUAACCUAAGAUUGAAGAAUGACAAGUAUGAACAAAGAUCUGAGACAGAUAAACACUGGAGUCCAGAGAACAGGAAGAUGAUUGAGUCUCUAGGAAAACUCGCUUUUGAUCAGCUGCAGAAAGGAAACCUGAUUAAUGAAUCGGACCUAAAAGAGUGUGGCAUCGAUAUCAGAGAUGCCUCAAAGUACUCAGGAGUGUUCACACAGAUUUUUAAGCAAGAUGAGUGUGAAAUGUUUUCAGAAACGGUCUACUGCUUUGUUCAUCUGAGCAUUCAGGAGUUUCUGGCUGCAGUCUACAUGUUCCACUGUCACACCAACCGGAAGACAGAUGUGCUGAAGAACUUCCUGGGAAAAGCCUGGAAACAUAAAAACAGUGUUGCAGCUCUGGAUUUGUUUCUAAAAAGAGUCACAGAAAAAUCCCUUAAAAGUAAAAAUGGCCACCUCGACCUGUUUGUUCGCUUCCUUCAUGGCCUCUGUCUGGAUUCCAACCAGCGACUCUUAAGAGGUCUGCUGGGUCAGACAGAGAACAGUCCAGAAACCAUCCAGAGAGUCAUCAACAACCUGAAGAAGAUGAACAGUUAUGAAAUCUCUCCUGACAGAAGCAUCAACAUCUUCCACUGUCUGAUGGAGAUGAAUGACCUCUCAGUACAUCAGGAGAUCCAAGAGUUUCUGAAGUCAGAGAACAGAUCAAAGAAGGAACUCUCUGAGAUCCACUGCUCAGCUCUGGCCUUCAUGCUGCAGAUGUCAGAGGAAGUUCUGGAUGAGCUAGAUUUGAGGGUGUACAACACAUCAGAUGAGGGAAAACGUAGACUGAUUCCAGCUGUGAGGAACUGCAGAAAGUUUCGACUUUCGGGCUGUGAACUCUCAGAGACUGACUGUGAAGUUGUGGCCUCAGCUCUGAAGUCCAACCCCUCCCAUCUGACAGAGCUGGACCUGAGUCUGAAUGUCCUGACAGAUUCAGCAGUGAAGCUUCUGUGUGCUGGAAUGGAGAGUCCAAACUGUCAAGUGGAGACUCUGAGGUUGAUGCAGUGCGAGUUGUCAGAGAUAAGCUGUAAAUACCUGGUAUCAUCUCUGAAUUCCAACCCCUUCCAUCUGAAACAUCUAGACCUGAGUUUUAACAAGCUGCAGGAUUCCGGGUUGAGGCAGUUGUGUGUUUUUCUGGAGAGUCAACACUGUAGACUGGAGACUUUGAGAUUGAUGAGCUGCUGUUUAUCAAAUGUCGGCUGUGAUUAUCUGGUCUCAGCUUUGAAACUAAAUCUUUCCCACGUGAGACAUCUGAACCUGAAUUUCAAUGACUUGCAUAAUUCAGGAUUAAACCAGUUGUGUAGCUUUCUGGCGAAUACAGACUGCAAGCUGAAAAUUUUGGGAUUGCAAGACUGCAGUUUGUCAGAUAUUAGCUCUCUGGUCUCAGCUUUGAAGGCCAACCCUUUGUGUCUGGAAGUUCUGGACCUGAGUAAAAACGAGCUGCAUGAUUCAGGAAUGAAGGAGCUGUUUGACUAUUUGGCAAGUCCGGACUAUGGACUAGCAGAAUUGAGGUGGAGUACUCUGUCAGACACCAUCUAUAAAGCUCUUGUCUCAACUUUGAUGUCCAACCCCUCUGUUGUGAGAGGCAUGAGCCUGGGUUUCAAUGACCUGCAGUAUUCAGGAGUGGAGGAGCUAUCUUGUUUUCUGGAGAGUCCAGAGUGUACACUGGAGACUCUGAGUUUGGUGGACUGCAGGUUAACAAAGAUCAGCUAUGAUCCUCUGAUUAAAGCUCUGGACUCCAAACCCUCCCAUCUGAAAGAGCUUGAUCUUCAAAUACCCAGCCUGCAGGAUUACGGAGUGAAGCAGUUGUGUGGUUUUCUGGAGAGUCCGAAAUGUAUACUGAGCUUUCUGAGAUUGAAGGGGUGUGGUUUGUCAGAGAUUAGCUGUGAUUAUCUGGCAACAGCGCUGAAGUCCAACCCCUCCCAUCUGAGACAGCUGGAACUAGAGAAAAACAACCUGCAGGAUUCAGGAGUGAAGCAGCUGUGUGGUUUUCUGGAGAUUCCAGACUGCAGAGUGGAGACUCUGAGGAAGAACCUCUCCGCGCAACAGGCUUUGGCCUUGCUUCAGGAAAUGGACGAAGCAGAUUCUGAUGGAGGAGAGGUUUCAUUUGUCCAGCGGGCCACUGAUACCUCCUCAGAAGAAUCUGAAAACGACACGGAACAAGAACCCAACAUGCCUCCACCGAAAAGGCACCGUGAUACUGGAAAGCCCAGCCAGAGCCACACGGCAAAAGACGGCAUUGGAAUGCCCAGUGCAGUAGCAAAUCGCUCGUGCUUUACUGCACAAGCUGGACCCACAGAGUGUGCUAAGCGUAAGAUUACAAGUGUGCUCCAAAGCUUCCUUUGCCUGUUAGACGUGGGAAUGAUGCAGACCAUCAGAGAGUGUACGGUCCAUCAAGCCCGCAGAACAGAGCGGGACUGGAAUUUGUCAGUUCAUGAACUGAUGGCAUUCAUUUCAAUUCUGUUUGUAAGAGCAAUCAUUUGUCCUGUUGGUGUCAUUGUGGAUUGCUGGUCAGAAUGAUUUCUGGUGCCAGUAAUCAAAGAGACAAUGCCCCGAGAUA